CUUGGAGUCGUGCUGGAUAACAAACUUAACUGGAAAGCCAAUGUCGAAUUCCGUAGACAGAAGGCCUACAUAGCAUACUACACUUGCAAGAGAAUCUUCAGUAGAACCUGGGGACUAAAUCCUAAACUUGUGAUGUGGAUGUAUACCGCGAUCAUAAGACCAAUUCUAACAUACGGCGCCUUAGUUUGGUGGCCCGGCCUAAGCAGACAAUAUAAUGUCAGCAAGCUAAGAAGCAUACAAAGGGCAGCAAGCGCAGGAGUAACAGGCGUACUAAGAUCCUGCCCGGCAGAAGCUUUAAACGCCAUCCUCAAUUUAAUUCCUAUUGAUCUCCACCUGAAAGAAGUGGCUAUGAAAUCGGCGGUCAGACUCAGAGAGUCGGGCCUUUGGAGGACUAGACACUUCGGACAUGGGUUGAUCAUAAAUCAAAUGCAAUUAAAUAGGACGACAGAUUAUAUCGUAGGCAAUUUGGACUUCAGCUGUAACGUGCAAGUGCUAUUCCCAUCCAGAAGGGACUGGAGAAGAGACCGAGUGGCCGACCGAGAGAAGAUCUCUCUAUACACCGAUGGAUCCAAGAUGGAUUGCGGUGUGGGAGCAGGUGUCUACUCCAAGGAACUCGGCGUGGCUCUGUCUCUACGGUUGGGAAAUAAUACAAGCAUCUUCCAAGCGGAAGUCCUAGGGAUCCUAGAAGCCUGCAAAAUCCUAGGCAAUAGAGUUGGACACAGCGGUAAAGCAACAAUAUACUCUGACAGCCAGGCGGCGCUAUUGGCAAUAGCGUCACCGGUUACCAAAUCCAAGCUAGUUGGGGAAUGCAAAGUAAUAUUGCGCUCAGUGUCUCAGUCAAAUACCGUCUCUCUUGUCUGGGUUCCCGGACAUAGGAACAUAGAAGGCAAUGAGAAGGCGGAUGAGUUGGCGAAGGCAGGAGCCGGUUUGGAUGAAUCCCAGGCAGUGGCAUUGGGUUGCCCUCUUGGAGUAGUCCAAAGAGAGAUUACUACGCAUUUCCUUGAACUGGCUAGACGCAGGUGGUCAGAUAUACAGACUUGCAAGAUAGCGAGAAAACUAUGGCCUGACUAUAACAGGGCGAAAACCUUGGACCUGCUAAGCAGAUCAAGGCCAGAGGUAUUUAGAAUUUUAGCAACCAUCACGGGCCACUGGCCCAUAGGCAAACAUGCGGCAAAAAUAGGUCUACCCCAUAAUAUGAUUUGCCGCAGCUGUCAACUAGAAGAUAGCGAAGAAAGUGUCCAGCAUUUCCUGUGUGAAUGUCCAGGCCUUUCGAACAUUAGACACAAGACGUUAGGGAAACAUCUAGUAGCAGAACUAACCGACCUAUCAGGAGCUACCAUUAGCGAACAUAGGAAGUGCAUAGACAAGAUAUUUAUCCCCCGCGAGAAGUGCAUCAAAAUGGCGCAAUAAUGCGCUAAUUGUAUCCUAGGCAGCGACCAGG